AUGGGUCGAGGAACAAGCAGAUUAGCAGAAACUGCAGCGGCAAUUGGAGAUAUGAAAACGGUUUUUGAAAUAUCGCGACUCUUAACGGGCAAGUCCACAUAUACAAAUAGUCCCAUUGCGGCUCGAGAUGGAAGACUAUUGACAUCAGCAGAAGAACAACUGACCCUAUGGGUUGAGCAUUUUACCGAAACAUUGAAUAAUCCGUUAGGACUACAGCCUUGUACAGAUCAGCAAAUAUCACCUGAAUCUAAUAUUACUCUAUUUGGAAUAAAUCAUUCUACACCAACAAAAACCGAUGUAAUCAAUGCUAUAAAGAGUCAAACGUGUGCACUGGUUCUUACUGUUGUGGGAAAUAUAUCACUACCAACAGUACGAACUGAAUUCGAUGCAGCAUUUUCGAAUAUACUCAAAAGAAUUGAAACAGAAAAAUCGUAUCAGCAUAUCUAUAUCCACCAUAAAAGUCCCAGCGACUGUCUUUUUGAGGAAGUACAAAAGAAUAUUUCGAAACCUCUUAUAACUUCAAACACUACACUGUCAACCUACCUGAAGCACUACUACAAUAGCGAAAUACUGGUAGUUGCAAGCACAACUCUUACGUGUGACAAAGAACUUCUAGAUAAAUUGGCUAAAAAUUUACAACAUAUACGACAAACGCGUAUUGUGCUACUAAUCAAUAUGAUAUACGAGCAAAAUAUGUUGACAUCUCUUACAGAGUUUUUCAAAUUAUGCCAUAAAUAUAAAAUGAUCAAUAUUAUGGUACUUCACCAGGAUUUUUACUUGACUCACAUCUAUCACAGCUAUUCACCAUUCCCGCAUUUUCAAUUGGAAAUAAAAAUUACGCACAGCAUUUCAAGUUACUUUCCAAACCGUUGGCGUAAUAUGCUCGGCAAAGUUGUCUAUACACUAACAGAUCAAAUGGAACCAAGAACUAUGCUUUACACAGAUGCCAAAGGACAACAGCAAAUGGGCGGAUAUGUUGGCAAAUUUAUGCAAGUCUUUUCCGCUUACUAUAAUUGCAAAUUACAAUUUCCUUUUAAUAUUUCCAAUGACCGAGUCAUAUUUUUGACUGAACUGCGUCAAGCAGCCCGAAAUGAAACUAUUGAUAUAGCAUCCAGCAUGUCAUCACCGCAGCGCGAGAAUAACAUACACGAGUACCCUUAUACACUAGAAAUUUGCAGAUGGUACACUAUGUUGCCAGUAGAGCAACCUCUAGCAAGUUCAGAGUUACUGCUUCUUGUCUUUAGCGGUGAACUGUCUCUAACAAUUACAAUUAUACUUUGGCUGCUAUCAAUCUUACUUAUCAUUAGUAAGGACUAUAACAACUUGAGUUAUAAUUUAUCAACCUUUCUGCGUAUAUAUUUUGCAAGUUAUACGUCAACUUUACGUGGCCUACUAGGGCAGCCUUUCAAAAUGGAAGCACAUCCCAGCUUUAAUACUAAAUUAAUUUAUUUACUGCUCUUUAUUGCUGGCCUGUAUAUAAGCACUGGUUAUCAGGCGAGUUUAGUGUAUUUACUCACGAAUCCACCAAAAGAAAGAACCAUUGCAACAUUUGAAGACACAAUUAAUAGAAAUUUAAAAAUUCUGUUAGCCGAAGAUGAACGACCACAUCUUGUUUACUAUACAGGUGAAGAGUUUUGGGAUAAAUACAAAUCCGCUUUUACUAUUGUUAAGACAUUCGCAGAAUUUCAGACUCAUCGUUUUACUUUGGAUACUAAUUUCGGCUAUGCAACAGAUACAUCCGUAUGGCCACUAUUCAAUGAACAACAAAAAUAUUUUUCGAAUCGUCUGUUUCGUCUAUCAACUAAAUUAUUUUAUACCAAUUUUGUACUCUGGAGCUUACCGGUUAAUGAGAAUUCAUAUUACAAGGAACCUCUUAGUGAGAUGAUUUUUUAUUUACAGGCUGGUGGCAUUAUGGAAUACUGGCACGAAAAUACAUUCUAUGAUAUGGUGGCUUUAGGAAGGUUAUCUUUCGAGGAUUUGAGUAGAGCUAGAAUCAAGGAACCAUUGGAUAAUGAGGAUUUGUUUUAUUGUUGGGUUCUAUAUUUGGUGAUGUUGUGUUUAAGCGUUUUUGUGUUUCUUUGCGAAAUCCUUUUUUAUAAAUAUAAAAGU